AAUACAGGUCCAGAGCAACGCCAUUCAACACUCUAACCUCUUAAACCCUCAACACCCGUCUCUGCGGCUAUCGCCAUGGCUAUACAUCCCCACUUAGACAGAAUCCUCUGGACCGAAGACCAAAUCUCCCACCGAGUCUCCGAACUCGCCGCACAAAUCGUCCAUGACUUUCCCGCCUCGUCAGCUCCUCCCGUUUUUAUCGGCGUUGCCACCGGCGCAUUCAUAUUCCUCGCUGAUCUAGUUCGCAAAAUCGACCUCCCUUUCACCAUUGAUCUCGUUCGUGCUCAAUCCUACGGUUCCGGAACUGUCUCCAAUGGCGCACCUACCAUUUCUUCUGACUUGAAGGUUGAAGUUAACGGCCAACACGUCAUUUUGGUUGAAGACAUUGUAGACUCUGGACAUACUUUAUCUAGACUCAUUUCACACUUGAAAUUGAAAGGAGCAUCCUCUGUUUCUGUAUGCACUCUUCUUGACAAACCAGCAAGGAGAAAAGUUAAUGUACAGCUGGUGGGGGAAGGGAAAUUCUACCGGGGAUUUGAGUGUCCAGACUAUUUUGUAGUUGGUUAUGGAAUGGAUUUUGAUGAACGGUACAGAAAUUUGCCUUACAUUGGUGUCUUGAAACCUGAACUUUACAGUUGAUGUUGUAUUUGGUAGUUGGUGCUCGCCACAUUUGGAACCACGAAGUAUUGAGUUUGUCUGACACGCUUCCACUUGCUCGCAGAGUGAACCAAUAGAAUAGCUAUAGAAACUAGAAAGUAGAAGAAACAAAAUAAGAUUAAUUUGUUAUACCAUUUAAUGGUUGUCAUUAAAUUAUAAAUUAUGCGUUGGAUAUUUGCAGAUUUUACAGUUAUAUUUAUUUGAGUAAGAUGAUAGUGUGUAACUUGGACUAACAGAUGAAAAAUCUGUUUAGCAUAAGUAGGGAUGGCAAUUUGGCCCAUCCCAGUGGGUACCCACAAAAAACCCCAUAUCGGGUAGGGUAAAUACCCAUAAAAAUGGGUAUGGGCACGGACAGGGGUAAUUACCCAUUAAAAUAUGCGGGUAUGGGUGCGGGCACAGGUACCUUACUACCCAACCCGCCCCAUACCCAUACUACAUAUUUCUAUA